AUGCCUACUGAGUUGGAAGAGUUGGUGUCUUUCCUCCAUGCGGAGCACAGGAACGUGAGAGAGAUUGCUCUUGAGAACUUGGUCGGAUUCUCACCCAGUGGUCCCAACCAAAAGAUAUUUCAGUAUGACAACUACAGGGCCGUCAAGGAUUUGGAAAUUCUUAUUCUGGACAAGAAGGUGCAGGUGGUGCAACAGGCUCUUACCAUCUUGGCCAAUCUGUGUGACGAUUCCCAUGUGCGUGAGCUGAUUCUGGAGAACGAACAAUUUGUCAGACACUUGUUAGAGCAAAUCACCUUCACGCAGAACAAAAACGCGGACCUCAUGAGUAUUUUGCUUGCCAACUUGGCCAAGACGGACGCAAUCACCAAGAUAUUUGAAUUCACUCUGAAUGUGCCCGAGAAGCAGCUCUACAAAUCUGCAAAAGCCAUGGAUUGCAUGAUGGAUUGUUUCGUCAAGGGAUCAGAGAGAAAACACAACCCUUUUGCUGAUUUUGACUACUUGUCUUACUUCUUUGCUGAUGUCUCCAGGUUCCCACUUGGGAGAAUGUAUUUCGUGACGAAACAGUCAUACGAUGAUGUCGUUCCCCUUUCCAAACUAUUGGUGUUCACCGAGAAAUACGACUCCAAGAACAGAAGAGAAGGUGUUGCUUCCACUAUCAAGAACUCUUUAUUUGAAACUGAGCAACACGAGAUGCUGCUGACUUCUGAAAUUAACCUGCUGCCCUAUAUUCUGUUGCCUAUCACCGGUCAGACUGAUGAGCUAGACGAGGAUGACAUGUUCAACUUGCCGGAUGAACUUCAACUACUGGGCGAAGAUAAGAAGAGAGAUCCUGUGAAUGAAAUUAUUACUGUUCACUUGGAAAGCUUGCUGUUGCUGUGUGUCACCAGAUUCGGUAGGGAAUAUCUUAGGAAGAAGUCUGUCUACCCGUUGAUCAGAGAGUUGCACAAGGCAUACGAGGAUGAGUUGAUUGCCGAGUUAUGUGAUCGUUUGGUUCAAAUGCUGAUGCGUGAUGAACCUCCAUCAAAUGAGGAGGUAAAGGCAAUGCAUAGUGAUGCUGAGAGUGAUGAUGACGACGAUGAUGACAAGAUUACGGAGAUUUUGUAG